CUCCUGACCGCACCGAUCGAUGCGCAAAACAGUCCCAACUCUCACCGUCGCUGUAUGCAAGGACACAUUGCAGUAUCUUGUCUAUCAACGCUGCACGCCAGAAGCAUCCUCUAUCCGCAUGUCGUAAUCUUCCCCGAUCACCACCGUGCUUCGAAAUAACAGAAAAGCAUGCAUCGAAGACAGGUUCGACUGAUCCACGAAGAGACGCCUUCAUGGGAACACAUUGGCGCCGCCCGUAUCUCCUCGAUCACAAGAAAAACGGGUUGGCCCUACCCC